UCUGUUAUGAUCACAGGAUUAGCGCUGUCACCACAUCGCAUCGCUCUCCGCUUCUCUCCUCUCCAGCCGUGACCCACAGUGCAGUUACGCUGUCAUCUCCUACCCACCUCACUGAAAACUCCUCCACCGAGACAAACAAGCUGUGGUGCUUGAACGACAAAAAGGACAGAGACGUGGUGUGGGAUUUUCUCACAGUGUGCUGGGACACAUUGCAGGGGAAACAGAGGACAGCGAGAGGGAGCGUGUGCGUAUGUGCGCGUGCAUGCAACCGUGCGCAUGUUUCGACUCGGAGCGCGGGUAUCUCUGAGCAGGGUAGACUAAGCAUCGCUCUCGGAUGAUGAAGGCUCUCGUUCGCAUUUCCCGUGAUGGAGCUUGACUGAGGAGCAGAUCUCACACACGGGCAGAGCUCGGAGACUCGGCAGAGGAGCACGCACGCCUGUGACCGAUGACCAACCGUACGAGUCAGGUACCCCGUGCUCCUCCGAGCAGCCAUACGGGCAGGUGAAGGAGCUUCACCUUCAAUCCCUCUCCAGACCCUUGGAGAUGUCCCUCAGGGCCAGCUCGGGACUCCACCUUUCUCCCGUGAGACUCGCUCUGUUUCUGCUGGUCUUUCUGGACACUCCCAAUCCAUCACUCCAGGGCAGGAAUAAGGGCAGGUGGAAUAAGGGGGGAUCCCGUCUGCGGCAGGAAGAUUCUCCGCCUCGGAUUGUGGAACACCCCUCCGAUCUGAUCGUGUCCAAGGGCGAACCCGCCACCCUAAACUGCAAAGCGGAGGGGCGGCCCACCCCCACCGUGGAGUGGUACAAGGACGGAGAACGAGUUGAAACUGACAAAGAUGACCCUCGAUCGCACCGCAUGCUUCUGCCUAGCGGCUCCCUCUUCUUCCUGCGCAUCGUACACGGCCGUCGCAGCAAACCCGACGAAGGCGCGUACGUUUGUGUGGCCCGCAACUACCUGGGAGAAGCCAUUAGCCGAAACGCCUCACUAGAAGUAGCAUUGUUACGAGAUGAUUUCAGACAGAACCCGACAGAUGUGGUCGUUGCUGCCGGAGAACCGGCCAUCUUGGAGUGCGUACCUCCUCGCGGCCACCCGGAACCCACCAUCUACUGGAAGAAAGACAAGCAAAGAAUUGACGAAAAGGAUGACAGGAUUAAGAUUCGCGGAGGUAAGCUGAUGAUCUCCAACACCAGGAAAAGCGACGCUGGCAUCUACAUCUGCGUGGGCACCAACAUGGUUGGAGAAAGGGACAGCGAGACGGCCCAGGUCACCGUGUUUGAGAGACCCACGUUUCUACGGCGGCCCAUUAACCAGGUGGUUCUGGAGGAAGAGGCGGUGGAGUUUCGCUGUCAGGUGCAGGGAGACCCGCCGCCAUCCGUGCGCUGGAAAAAAGACGAUAUUGACAUUCCCCGCGGGAGGUAUGAUAUUAAAUAUGAUAAGGAUGAUUAUGUGCUGAGGAUAAAGAAGGCAGCAGCGAGCGAUGAAGGAACUUUCACCUGCAUAGCGGAGAACCGAGUGGGCAAAAUGGAGGCGUCCGCUACCCUCACAGUCAGAGCUCGCCCUGUCGCUGCACCCCAGUUCGUGAUCAGGCCCCGGGACCAAAUUGUGGCACAGGGUCGUACCGCCACCUUCCCCUGUGAGACCAAAGGGAACCCACAGCCGGCUGUCUUUUGGCAGAAAGAGGGGAGUCAGAACCUUAUGUUUCCAAAUCAACCUCAGCAGCCCAACAGCCGUUUUUCGGUGUCGCCCGGUGGAGAUCUGACCAUCACGUCUGUCCAGCGGGGCGAUGCGGGGUAUUAUAUCUGCCAGGCCCUGACGGUGGCGGGCAGCAUCCUGGCCAAAGCACAACUUGAGGUCACAGAUGUGUUGACAGAUCGCCCUCCGCCCAUCAUCCGGCAGGGCCCAGCCAACCAAACUUUGGGUGUGGACAGCGUGGCUCUUUUGAGGUGCCAUGCUUCUGGAGAACCGGUCCCAACCAUCAGCUGGCUGAAGGAUGGGGUCAGCCUCCUGGGGAAAGACCCUCGCAUGUCCCUGCAGGACCUCGGGAGCCUGCAGAUCAAGGGUUUACGGCUCUCGGAUUCGGGUAUCUACACCUGCGUGGCUGCGAGUUCAAGCGGAGAAACGUCAUGGAGCGCGUUCCUGGAAGUAAAAGAGUCUGGUAGUCUUCUGGUAGUCAAAGACAGAGAUGAAAAUGAACUUCCAGGGCCACCGUCCAAACCUCAGGUCACCGAUGUCACCAAGAACAGCGUGUCGUUGUCUUGGCAGCCUGGCCUACCUGGGGCGUCGCCCAUCUCCUCGUUUGUCAUUGAAGCUUUCAGCCAAUCAGUGAGCAACAGUUGGCAGACCGUGGCUGAUCAUGUGAAGACCACGCAGUACACCAUAAAGGGGCUCCGCCCCAACACCAUCUACCUCUUUAUGGUGCGAGCAGUCAAUGCACAGGGCCUGAGUGACCCCAGCCCAAUGUCUGAACCUGUCCGUACUCAAGAUAUAAGUCCACCAGCGCAGGGUGUGGAUCACAGACACGUGCAGAAGGAGCUGGGUGAGGUUAUCGUGCGGCUACACAACCCUGUGGUCCUGAGUCCCACCACCAUACAGGUCACAUGGACGGUUGACCGUCAGUCUCAGUUUAUCCAGGGCUACAGGGUUUUGUACAGGCAGAUGUCAGGCCUGCCCUCCCCCGGGUCAUGGCAGAGCCAGGAUGUGAAGGUUCCCUCGGAGAGGAGCAUGGUGCUCUCGGCUCUGAAGAAAGGCAUCGUCUACGAGAUCAAAGUCCGUCCGUACUUCAACGAGUUUCAGGGCAUGGACAGCGAGUCCCGCACAGCCAGAACAACAGAGGAAGCACCCGGUGCUCCACCACAGCAGGUGACUGUACUCACAGUGGGCAAUCAGAACAGUACAUCUAUUAGUAUUUCAUGGGAUCCUCCUCCAGCAGACUAUCAAAAUGGCAUCAUCCAGGAAUAUAAGAUCUGGUGUUUGGGAAACGAAACACGCUUUCACGUAAAUAAGACGGUGGACGCGGCCAUCCGUUCAGUGGUAGUUGGUGGUCUACAGGCGGGGGUCCUGUAUCGCGUGGAGGUGGCCGCCAGCACAAGCGCCGGUGUGGGGGUCAAAAGCGAGCCACAACCCAUCGUUAUUGGUAAAGACUUCCGUGACGUGAUCGUAAGCGGAAACCGGAACAACAGCAUCACGGAGCAGAUCACGGACGUUGUGAAGCAGCCGGCCUUCAUCGCGGGCAUCGGAGGGGCUUGCUGGGUCAUUCUCAUGGGCUUCAGUAUCUGGCUGUACUGGAGAAGAAAGAAGCGAAAGGGUCUGAGCAAUUACGCAGUUCAGUCCUUCACCUUCACCCCUGCAGUGACAUUCCAGCGUGUUGAUGGAGGCUUGAUGAGCAACGGGAGUCGGCCUGGUCUGCUGAACGGCAGCGAUUCUGGGUACCCGUGGCUCGCCGACUCCUGGCCGGGCACCAGUCUCCCUGUUAACAGCGGUUCUGGACCCAAUGACAUCAACAACUUUGGCCGUGGAGAUGGCAUUCCCAGUGCUCAGUCUGAUAAGACGGGCACCAUGCUUUCAGACGGAGCCAUUUACAGCAGCAUCGACUUCACCACCAAAGGCGGGUUUGGCAGCCCAAGUCCCGCCUCCCAGGCCACGCCCUACGCCACCACCCAGAUCCUCCAUUCCAACAGUAUACACGAGCUAGCCGUCGAUCUGCCCGAGGCCCAGUGGAAGACCUCCUUACAGGCCAAACAGGAGAUGGCAAACCUGGGCUACUCACUGCCAGACAAAAACUCCUGCAACAACACACUCCUUUUCAUUCCUGACUACCGAUUGGCUGAUGGAUUGUCUAAUAGAAUGCCCCACAACCAAUCACAGGAUUUCAGCACAACCAGCUCCCACAACAGCUCAGAUCGAAGCAACAGUCUGUCAGGUGGAAAAGGUGGAAAGAAGAAGAAGACGAAAGCAAAUGCAAAGCCCACCAAGAUGAACGGCUCCAACUGGGCCAACGUUCCACUGCCUCCCCCUCCUAUCCACCCUCUUCCAGGAACAGAGAUGGACCACUACGCCACAGAACACCAUGAUGCAGGAGGGUAUGAUAGCGAUAGUUGGGGUCCACCAUUACCGGUCCAGACAUACCUACACCAGGGUUUAGAAGAUGAGCUGGAGGAAGAAGAAGAACGGGUGCCCACUCCACCCAUAAGAGGCGUGGCGUCCUCUCCUGCAACGGUGUCUUUUGGCAAACAGUCCACGGCCACCCUGAGCCCCUCCCCACAUGAGGAAAUACAACCUAUGCUUCAGGCUCACCUUGAUGAGCUAACCCGUGCCUACCAACUGGACAUGGCCAAGCAGACUUGGCACAUGCAGGGUGGGCCUUACCCCCCUCAGGCCCCCGCGCCACCCGUGGGCUACGUCUCCAGCACACUGGUGUCCGAUAUUGAAACCGACCUACCAGACGAAGAUGAUGAUGAGGAGGAGGAUGAAGGAUACGAAAUGUCGCCUCCAAUCAGGGGUAUGGAACACACGCCAGGCUCCAGCAUGGACAACUUGGACAGCUCUGUAACGGGCUCCAUGGUGAACGGUUGGGGUUCGGCUUCAGAAGACGAUGACAGAAACUUCUCCAGCCGCAGGUCCAGUGCCGGCAGCUCCUCAGACGGUUCGCUAUUUACCCACUGCAGCUUCGCUCAAGCCCUGGUGGCCGCUGCGGACAAGGCGGGGUACCGUCUGGACGGUACCAGCCUGACCAAGAGAGGUCUACAUCACAGACAUCGUCCUUCCAGCCCAUUCUCCACAGAUGGAAGCACGAUGGGCACGCAUAGCCUGGGCCACCAGCGGGCGCCCAGACCCACCCGGAAACACAAAGCCCCUGGCACAGCCCCAAACCGCCGUGACGCCAGCGCUGAAGACCUGCCCCCACCUCCAGAGCCUCCACCCUGCCAGACAGCUCGUCUUCAGGGGGCGAGAAACGUCCCCAACCCUUCUGAUCGCAAGGCUUCGUCCUUAGAGAGGCAACCUAUGAUGGGCCUUGAGGACCGACAGACCCGAACAUCACUGGAACGCCAUCGGCAGGCUCAGGACAGACUGGGGUCCAUAGAGAGGGGCGAGGAGAACAGGAGGGGGCAUAAAAACGGGCAUGUUUCAGAAGAGGCCAUAUUGCCAUACAACAAACCGUCAUUCCCAUCACCUGGGGGUCACAGUUCGUCCGGGACAGCCUCAUCGAAAGGGUCUACGGGUCCUCGUAAAGGAGAGGGGACGAGGGGUCAACACCAGCGCUCCAACGCAGAGCAGGCCGACAGCAGCUACAUGGGGACCAAUACGCAGUACUCUGGAGAAUUAUAGUGAGCCAUUUUGAUGGAAACAGACGAAUGCCUUCAUCUGUCCUGGAUAUGCUUCAAUGAACUCGUAAAGCGUCAGACAGAAGAAAAGAAAAAAGAAAAAAAUCUGAAAAAUGACGAACUGUAAAUGUGAUGUAAAGAUGGACGUGCAACCCGCAACAUCCCUCACCUUCCCCCUUAAACUUUUCAUUCACAGAAAAUAAAAGAAAGUCGGAAAAGCGAAAAUGCUAUGGAAGGCCGUCUUCGGUGAACCUGCGAAAAGGAAUCGAAUUUCCUGUAAAUAUAUAUUCUUGAGGUGGGAGAUUGAAAAUGACAUUAUUGUUAUUGCAUCGCUAUGCAAACCGAGUUGUGUUUCCGCGCUCUCCUCCCUCUCACGCCGUUUGUACGAUAAGUGAAUCGAUGGGCUGUGGUGCCAUAGAAAUUACGUUGUCAUCCGUCAUUUGUUAAUACUUCUCAUGAAUUAAUUGUUGUCAUUAUAAUAAUUAUUAUUAUAAUUAA